AAGACCAAAUUGCGAAAGUAUUAGUAUUCGUAUUCCAAUUUGGCAUAGAGUUAUAAAAAAAAAAUAAUAAAUUUCUCUACUGUUUUUUCAAUUAGUUUUAUGAAAAAUUUAAAUAAAAUUUUAAUAUUAUAAAAUAAUUUAGAAAUAAAAAAUUAUAUAGAAUAAAUGUGAAGAUGUCAGGUGCUAGUGAAUGUUUCUCCAUUGGAAGUAUUGUGGCUUGUAAAACAUGUUUUAAUGAAACAGUGGAAGGCGAAGUUUUAGCAUUUGAUCCAAAUACAAAAAUGUUAAUUUUGAAAUGUCGAUCAAAAACAGCUGAAAAAUUAAGCGAUGUAUCAAUAAUGAAUUUACAAUAUUGUAGUGAUGUUCAAGUACUAAAAGAAGCCAGCGGGGUUACGGAAACUCCGCAACCACUUAAUUUACAUCGGCUCAAAACUCGAUUACGUAAUUCAGUUGAUCAGCGUCAUCGUUGGAUUUUAUCAAGAAAUGCUGGUGUUAGUAUUGAAGGACAAAAUCUUUUUAUGGCUAUUGGUAAAACAUUGGAAAAUGUUGCAUGGGAUGGUCACAAUAUUAUAGUGUUCAAUGAAGUAACUAUAACACCACCUUAUAAAAAAGAAAAUGUAUCAACUGAUGAUCCAAACAAAAUUAAUGCUGUUAAUUACGUUAAAAAAUUGAUUGAUCAAAAUAAUAAAGUUUCCCAAGGAAACAACGCCACAGAUUCGUCGUUAUCGUUGUCAUCUUCAUCGUCAUUUUCGGGUUCAUCAACAAGUAAUGCGAUAACAUCAUCGUCAACAAAUGUAGGAAAAUCUUCAUCGCCCGUUCCUACCCAUUAAAACAAACAUUAAACAUAAAAAAUUCUUAAUAAAAAAAUUUAAACUCAA